ACGACUUGAUGACCAUGGCCUUCAAGUACCAAGUUCUCCUCUGUCCUCGACCCCGGGACCUGCUCCUGGUUUCCUUCAACCACAUGGACGCCAUCAAGGAAUUUGUCAAGGACACGGCUUGUAUUUUGGCUCAGGUGGACGAGACGUAUCGGCAGCUCAUCGAGAUGUACGCGCCGUUAGCCAGCGGCGAAUUCCAGCUGAUUCGGCAAACUCUUCUGAUCUUCUUUCAGGACAUGCACAUCAGGGUGUCCAUUUUCCUCAAAGACAAAGUGCAGAACUCCAACGGUCGAUUUGCGCUCCCCGUCAGCGGUCCCGUGCCCCACGGGACACAAAUUCCCAGCUGGAUAAGGUGACACC